AUGAUGAUGAUGUCUCUGAACAGCAAGCAGCCUUUUGCAAUGGCCCACGCCAGCUUGCCCGAACCCAAGUACUCCUCGUUGCAUUCCUCCUCAUCAUCCACAUUGACUUCCAAUGCACCUUCAUCCUCCUGCUCUUCCUCCCGACACAGCAGCACCAUCAUCAGCAGCAGCGGCAGCAGCUCGGAGGCGAUGCGCCGAGCCUGUCUCCCAACCCCACCGAGCAAUAUAUUCGGAGGCUUGGAUGAGAGUUUGUUGGCCCGGGCUGAAGCUCUAGCGGCGGUGGAUAUAGUCUCGCAGACCAAGAGCCACCAUCACCCUCCACAUCACAGUCCCUUCAAGCCGGACGCAACCUACCACACCAUGAACACUCUCCCCUGCACCUCGUCUUCCUCCUCCUCCUCCUCGGUGCCUAUUUCUCAUCCGUCCGCCUUGGCUGGCCACCACCAUCACCACCACCAUCACCACCACCACCAGCCUCACCAGGCACUGGAAGGGGACCUGCUGGACCACAUCACCCCGGGACUGGCACUGGGAGCCAUGGCUGGGCCGGAUGGCUCGGUGGUUUCCACGCCUGCGCAUCCUGCCCACAUGGCGGGCAUGAACCACAUGCACCAGGCAGCCAUCAACAUGGCUCAUGCCCACGGGCUACCACCGCACAUGGGCAUGAACGACGUGGACGCCGAUCCAAGGGACUUGGAAGCCUUCGCAGAAAGGUUUAAGCAGAGACGGAUCAAACUCGGGGUUACCCAGGCGGAUGUAGGGUCAGCUUUAGCCAGCCUGAAGAUUCCUGGGGUGGGCUCCCUCAGCCAAAGCACCAUUUGCCGAUUCGAGUCCCUCACGCUCUCUCACAACAACAUGAUUGCUUUGAAGCCCAUCCUGCAAGCGUGGCUAGAAGAAGCCGAGAAAUCACACAGGGAGAAACUUAAUAAACCCGAGUUGUUCAACGGCGCGGAGAAAAAGAGGAAGCGCACGUCGAUAGCCGCACCAGAGAAGAGAUCACUGGAGGCCUAUUUUGCCAUUCAGCCGCGUCCCUCCUCGGAGAAAAUCGCAGCAAUCGCAGAAAAGCUGGACCUCAAAAAGAACGUGGUGCGGGUCUGGUUUUGCAACCAGCGGCAGAAACAGAAACGAAUGAAAUACUCUGCAUGCGUCUAA